UUUCUCCAACCAUCUCACAAAGAAGGGGGCCGCAGCGACCCCUCCAAAUUCCUCACGAGCGUACCUCGCAGCUGCGGCCUACAUAGUCGGGUAUUGGGUCGAUCGCGAUGCCAUCCUACCCCCACUAUCUACCUCCAUCAUACGAGAGUAUACAACAACCCAAUACUCCGCUCACCACGCGAAAGGAUAAACCGCGUACUACGGGUAAAUUCAAGGUGCUCUACGUGAGCCUUGCGGUCAUCGUCCUCGCCCUCUUCGUCGCGCAGAACCUUGGGCUCGUACGCUGCCCUCUCGACGACGUCCCCGCGGAGGAGAAGGCGAAGCUUCGCCGGCAGUGGAAGCGUGACUUGACGAAGUGGACCCGGGAGCGCGACAGGUACGUCGCGGAACAACGCACCUGGGAGCAAGAGCGGGCCACACGCCGUGCUGAGCGCGAGGAGGAGGAGAAACAUCGGCUGGAGGUCGUGCGCCGGAGCCAGGGCGUGUACUGGACGGAGCCGCGCGCGGAGCGUUGUCAUUCGUACGGGAUUCGGGUUUACUCUGCGAACCUCAGAGACAUCCCGGGUGACCUGAACUGGCUGGAGGUAUGCGAGAACAUGCCGCCGGUCACCAUACACGGCCGUGAAAUCAGCAAACCCUCCAAGUGCGAGUGGAAUGGAGGAGACGUGGUCGGCACCUGGUACAUCGACUUUGACGAGCCCAGCUGCAAGCCUUACUGGAAUGACUUCACUGACCUCGGAUGCAACGUGGGAAACACAGGCUUCCAGCGAUUUGGAGCUCGUCUCGAUGGCAUGAGCAACGGCGCAGAUUGGAACUUGAUGUGUUCCACGACGGCCGCCACGAUUCACGGUGUUCACUUUGAUCAACCUACGACCUGCGAGGAUAGGGGUCGAUGGGGCGAGGUGGGCCUCUGGGACGUACCCAACCCCAGCUGCCGUUAGGAUGUAUACGCGAGGCGCUCAGCGAAAAGAAUGUCUUGGAAUGAGUACUUCGUCUGGAUCCUCUCUUCGUACCAGUCUUGUAACCGUGUCGUG